CGGCCAUCGCCCCUGUGAACGGAAAAUCAAUAUGGUGUGUUGCUAGCUUUCUGCAGACAGUAAAUACAAAACAUCCCCCAGCAGGAAGUUGAUUCUUCAACAAACAUCCGGAAAACCCAGCCGCCGACUGAAACCCAGCUGGUGGCUGUGCGCAUUCAAGUCCCAAAAGUUUAACCUUCAUCUGUUGAUGUUUCUGCGAGGCACCGAGCCAAAAUACGCUACGUACUGUGCCUUUUUUCGGUGGCCAUCUCGAAAAGCCCACCAGCAGACCGGAUUGAUUGACCGGAAAGGGUAUAGUUUUCAAAUCUAGGAACCAGUGCUAUCGAAGAAAGGAGGAGGUGUUGUGUUGUUGUUGGUUGCGACGUAGCAACACCGCGGUUACCCUUUUCCGGGACACUAUAGUGACGCAUAAUAGUCACAGCAACCAAGCAAGCAAACCGCCCUUCAGUGCCGAAGGGACAACUCAGCAUAACAAAAAGCGGCAGUGUGCAGAGCGAACCCGGAGCAGACUGACCACAACAGUUACUCGCGGCUGGAGUGCGUUUGGCGAAACGAAACACAGCUCCAACGUUUUCUUGUCCGCCACAACAUGGCAUCUGGAUCCGUGUCCGUUUCCACAGGAACCAAAACCACCAACAAGACCAGUGGCACCGCAGGCACGGUUGCUACCGGCGGGGCUGCGGGCCGCAAAAAGUCCGGUCCCAAGUUCGAGCUGUCCGACGAGCAGCGGCAGGACAUUAAGGAAGCGUUCGAUCUGUUCGACUCCGAGGGCACGGGCAUGAUCGACACCAAGGAGCUAAAGGUGGCGAUCCGGGCGUUGGGGUUCGAGCCGAAGAAGGAGGAAAUCAAACGGAUGAUCGCCGAAAUCGACAAGGACGGUUCGGGUAAGAUCUCGUUCGACGACUUUCUGCAGCUCAUGACGGUCAAGAUGGCGGAGAAGGACUCGAAGGAGGAGAUACUGAAGGCGUUCCGACUGUUCGACGACGAUGAGACGGGCACGAUCUCGUUCAAAAACCUGAAGCGGGUCGCAAAGGAGUUGGGUGAAAAUUUGACCGACGAAGAGCUGCAGGAGAUGAUCGACGAAGCGGACCGGGACGGAGACGGCGAAGUGAACCAGGAAGAGUUUUUGCGAAUCAUGAAGAAAACGAGUCUCUACUAAAGCGAGGGCGCCAUGCGUGCUUUACUGUAAUUAUUUUUUAAAAGGAAACUAUCUGUUUAAGUGAUUAAUUUACGAGUGGAACGAUCGCAUUUGAUGUGAGGCGAUGAACGUGCCAGAUUAUCGCGAUAGGGCAUUUUGUGAGGUUUGAUCAAGUUCCGUAAAGUAUUCCUAUUUGGACUGCAGAAUCCGCCAAAUUUGCAUUUAAACCUCUUCCACCAACACGAUGAAGUCAUUCCGUGCGGAUUUAUUCAGCAAACACAACAAACAUCUGCCUCACUGGGCGAUACGAGAUGGAUUAAGCAGGCAUAAGGGUUAAUUUGAUAAGAAACAGUCUGAAUCAAACCUAUUACAGACAUGCUCCAUUUCCGCUCGAAGACAAAACGCUGAUAAUCCAAACAAUACGCAAACUAAGCAUUAAAAAAUCGCCAAAAAGCAAACCAAACUACGGUGAAUCAUUCCAUCACACUGGUUCGAGAGAAACCGAUCCGAUUUUUAUUAUCAGCGGCCUGUCGCCGGAAUACGCACCCAGAACGGAGACGUGCUUUGCAUUAGAAAAAGUAGAUUUGUUUCGCCAAACAUUUACCGGGACACAGCACGUUUUAGGGGAGGAAUUUUUACUCAAACUUAGGCACAAGUGUGUGGCCCAUGGUUGCGGGAGUUUUAAGGGGGGCGCUUUAGGCGCACUCCCCUUUUACGUAUCGAACGACUCGCUCUCUCUACGCGGGUACCUGUUCUCCGGUAGUGCUUUGCCUUUUUACCGUGGGUCAUCGUUGCACCGCUGCAAGUGCUUAUGCUAAUGAUACGGAGAUGGGGCAAAAGCCGGAAAAGCGCCAGCGAUCAGCAGCGCUCGAAAGAGGGACACGCAAAACAAGGACGCGGCCACAGCCAAGUUUGGACCUUUUUAGGAUUAAGCACCCGCGCCGCUGCCGUUCUGUAGUGUGAGUUAAAUGUAACGAUAAAAAUUACACGAAUAAAAACGUAAUCACGGACGGAGCGUGUUGGCCAACAGCAAACAGAUUGAACUAGACACGCAUGCAGCAUUACGAUGGCACCAGCCGGAAGCGAGUGGAUUGCGUGAGCGAACACGAACAGGAAAU